AGAGUCGUGAAACUCUUAGCUGCUUGCACUGUCCUACAGUGGGAGAGUCUACACUACAGCCUGGAUACACACACAGACAGACAGACAGACAGACAGACAGACAGACAGACAGACAGACAGACAGACAGACAGACAGACAGACAGACAGAAAGACAGACAGACAGACAGACAGAGAGAGAGAGAGAGAGAGUUGGAACAAUCACUCUCUCCUAUUUGAUGGACUGAGCCCCCCCUUCAUCAGUAUUUGGGGUUGAACCGCUGUACCAGCCCAUACUGCAGCACCUGACUGAAGACAGGCUCUCAAAGUCACUGGCAUCUGACAGAAAACCCUCCCUACCACACAAAGAAAGGAAGGAAGGAAGAAAACAAUAAGAAGACAGAUUAAGAAGACAGAUAAGAACAAAAACCAGAGUGUGACUUCAAAUCAAAGCAAGUGUGUUAAGUGAGAAGACUUGUUCCAUACUGCCACAGCCAUGGCAGACAGUGUGAUUGAGGAGUCAGACUACUACCCUGGGAAGGAUGAAUUGGACUGGGGAUAUCAAGAAGUAGGUAAAGAACUUAAAGAAGGUGUAGAGUGGGGUUUGCUGUUCCCUGAUGCCAAUGGGGAGUACCAGUCACCCAUCAACCUGAACUCCCGGGAGGCGCGUUAUGACCCCUUGCUCCUGGACGUGGGGCUAACACCCAACUACGUUGUGUGUCGGGACUGUGAGGUCAUCAACGAUGGACACACCAUACGCAUCAUGCUGAGGUCCAAAUCAGUGGUAACUGGUGGACCGUUGCAAAUUGAUCAUGAGUACGAGCUGCAUGAGGUGCGCUUCCACUGGGGCAAAGAGAACCAGCGGGGCUCAGAACACACAGUCAACUUUAAGGCCUUCCCCAUGGAGCUCCAUCUGAUCCACUGGAACACAACCUUGUUCAACAGUGUGGAGGAAGCCCUGGGUAAGAAGGACGGAGUUCUCAUCAUCGCUCUGUUUGUGCAGAUAGGGAAGGAGCAUCUGGGGUUGAAGGCCAUAACAGAAGUGCUGCAGGACCUACAAUACAAGGGGAAGACCAAGAUCAUACCGUGCUUCAAUCCCAACACACUACUUCCUGACCCUCUCCUGAGAGACUACUGGGUGUAUGAGGGCUCCCUGACCACCCCUCCAUGUAGUGAGAGCGUCACCUGGAUCCUGUACCGCUACCCACUCACCAUCUCACAGUUACAGAUAGAGGAGUUCAGGAGGCUCAGGUCCCAUCUGAAAGGUGCUGAUCUACCUGAGGGGAAUGACGGGAUGUUGGGAGACAACUUCCGCCCCUCUCAGCCCCUCAGCGACAGGACCGUCCGGGCUGCCUUCCAGUGACACCCCCCUUCCCUCCACGAGGGAUCUUUAGCUCCACAUUUAACAGAUUCAAAAUGUUAUUGACCCAGUGGUAAUCUGGUAUCGUCACAUCUGCUCCUGCAACGCCCUCUACUGCUCAUCCUGUGUCUCCUUGACCUGCCGCCACUCCCCCAAGUACUCUUUCCCUCUCCCCCCCCCCCUCUCUCUCUCUCUCUCUCUCUCUCUCUCUCUCUCUCUCUCUCUCUCUCUCUCUCUCUCUCUCUGUGUGUAUGUGAUUGUGUGGGCGGAGACAAGUGUGCUGGAGUCAGAGCAGAUCCCCACCAGCUGCAACCUGUUCCAUAAUCAAGACCUCUACAAAUACUCAGCCCUGCCACUUCCACGCUGCCAGAUCGUAACCUCUGCUCAUUCUGCCCGCUGUGACUCUCGUCCCUGUCUCCAGUCCCACGUCUUGUCAUUCUACUACUCUGUCCUGGAUUCCCCACUCUACUACCCCCUUGGAAUCCCCUCCAGACUGGCUUACCCUGUCUCAACCCCUCUUGCUCCAGCCUCCGCACCCUCAUCUGGUUUCCAGCAACCAGCCCGAGCUUCCCAUGACCUGCACUCCAUCUCCCCCCUGUGUUUCAAUAAAUACCUUGGUUAUUUCAUCCCAGUCUCCUCGUCGGAGUCUGCUACUGGGUUCCACUCCGCGUAACAGGUAUAAGGAUUCAUAAGGAUUAUGUGACAUAAAGUGUGCCAGAAAAUGUCAUUUCGAGCUCUGUAACCAUCAUAGCGCAUAUACAGGAAACAGGAUAAUAAUUUGUGGAUUUAAGAGUGGAUAUUAAUAUUGCACAAUGUCAAACAACUCUAACCCAAAACAUAGGACUUAUAAAAAUAACCUUUUGCUCCUCUACCCGCUACCUCUGUGGCCAAACCCAGUCGUAGCGGCGACAUGAUUGCUGGAAUGUUCCAUCUGCAAAAUAUUCCCUUUUUUUAUUUUUCAUAGUGAGAAAGAGAGUGAAAGGAGGGGAGAGGGAGAAUGGCCUUGUUGAAUCAGCUGGAAGUUAUGUUACAUUGAAUCCCCUGAACUGGUAGCUACAGAUUGCAACACCAGAUUUGGACCACUAUAUUGGUAGUUACAGAAGUGUCUGUACAAAAUGUUGCUGGACAUUUUUCAACUAACCUGGUAUCUGCGAUACUAUCGUCGUCCUCGAAUCGUGGAAACAGGCGUUUCAUAAAAUGGCUGUGUCCAGUUUCAGGGAGUCCAUUUGGAAUCGAUAAAAUGCUCUGUUAAAAUAAAUUAAUGUUUGUUUGGUCCAUGAAGUAAUCCAACAAUGUGUACCUUGUCUUUUUCAAAUCUUCUCUCAUUGAUUGAGACGGGGGUCUACCCUAAAGGGCCGCAUGCCAGGAUGACAGAAGCCUGUCUCGAUUAAUGAGAGAAGAUUUGUAAAAAGAAGAUGACGGCACACACAUUGUCGCCAAUACCAGAUUAGCUAAAAAAUGCCAACAUUUUGUAGAGCCACACCUGUAACUACCAGUAUAAUGGUCCACAUUUCUGUGGUUAAGUCACAUUAUCUGGUGUUAUAAUUUAUAGCAACUGGACUUGGAGGGAGCUCACAAAGGCACGAUUUUACUCUGUUGAUGAAGGCAGCGCUGACAGACCAACCAGCUGGCUUCACCUGUGACCUGGAACAUAGCCAUUCGCUGUUGGCUGGUACAAGAUGUAUCCAUGCUCUGGAAGGAGAGACAUGAUUGGCUCUGAUCCAAUAUCCUCACUAACAGUAGUAUACUAGAUGGAAGCGCUGGAUUGGGCAUGCAUUCUUACUGGUGUGAUAGUGGGGCUAUUGGUGGAAUGUAGUCCUUGUGAUAGGAUUUGUGCAGGCUUCAUGCAGGUAUGCAUACUUAGCUUGGGGCAUGUAAUUGUACUGUACUGUCAUGCAGGUUGUGUAAUAAGUAGAAAAAUGUGAAUGAACUAACACCUGUUCCUAGGGAUUUUCAAAAUAUGGAAAAUACAUGUACAGUACAUUAUUUAAAAAAAAUACGCUGUUAAAACCGCACUGUCUCUCAGAAUAGGAAACACUCUAACAAGCAGAAACAUAUGUAGUUCUGUAUAACAUACAUGGGCAGGUCAGGUUCAAUGACCUCAGGUCAGAUUUAAUGCCAUAUAAUCUCAGAUGUCUUAUAGGCUGAUAUUUAAUGAGAUAUUUCCGUCUGCUCUGGCUCCUGUCCUCGCAGUAUUAAACGCAGUGUUUUUGUGGUUUUCGAUAUCUGCUUAUCUAGCAAUAGGAAGCAUGGCAAUAGACGAUUAGACCACAGUGUGCCCUUUCUUGUAAAAACAAAGGAGACAUCCAUCAAAGGUAAAUGACCUUUUAAGGGCUAUAGACAACACAGUACAGCCCAGGGUUAUAGGCUAUGAAAAUGAAACAAUGAAGACUUGAAUUUUGUUGUGAUUUUUUUGGGACAUUUUAAGGUUCUGUAGUUCUUGAACUGACUAAUGUGAUAAUGAUGAUGAUGAUGAUAAAGAUGACUCUUACUGUCACUUAACAAUAAAGGUCAAACUGUUAGUAGUAA